UCCCAACUUUUUCCACUGCACCAUGGGGCUGUGACACAGUCACCCAGGGGCCCCCACUUCGCUCCUUCCUUCUUCAAACAGGGCCCGGCUCUGGCUUUCUGAUGUUGCGUCAUUUCCUGGGAGAUGAGAGGGCACCGCCAAGCCCUGGCUUCUGCUUCCACUCCAGCUGAGACCUGCCCGCCAUGGCCCUGAUGCUACUCCUCCAGCUGCUGACUCUUUGGCCUCUGUGUCACACAUACGUCACUCCAAAUGGUUUUUGGAUGGAUAAGAGUUCUUCUUUCUCUCAAUCUCCCCCUACUACACUCCAACCUCAAAUAAGAACCACCUGGAGAACCAUUAAUACUUUAGUCCCCCUAGCGUUAUACCCCAAGCCGUGGCUGGAGGCUCAGCCAGCUGCAGUUGUGACCCCCGGGGUCAACGUGACCUUGAGGUGCAGGGCACCACAACCUGCCUGGAGGUUUGUACUCUUCAAAUCUGGAGAGAUUGCCUCCGUUCUGCAACGGAAUGUAUCCAUGGAGUUGGCAGAGUUCUUCCUGGAGGAGGUGACCCUGGAACAGGGAGGCAGUUACCGCUGCUGCUACCAGAGGCCAGGCUGGGGGCCAACUGUCUGUUCCCACCCCAGUGAUGCCCUGGAACUGCUGGUGACAGACGAGCUGCCGCGCCCGUCGCUGGUGGCGCUGCCCGGGCCGGUGGUGGCGCCCGGCGCCAACGUGAGCCUGCGCUGCGCCGGCCGCCUGCGGGGCAUGAGCUUCGCGCUGUACCGCGAGGGCAUGGCGGCGCCGCUGCAGUACCGCCACUCGGCGCAGCCCUGGGCCGACUUCCCCCUGCUCGGCGUCCGCGCCCCCGGCACCUACAGCUGCUACUACCACACGCCCUCCGUCCCCUACGUGCUGUCGGAGAGCAGCGAGCCGCUGGUCAUCAGCUUGGACGGCUCCAGCUCCUUGGACUACACCCGGGGCAACCUCGUCCGCCUGGGACUGGCUGGCCUGGUCCUCAUCUCCCUGGGCACACUGCUCGUUUUCGACUGGCGCAGCCAGAGUCCCGCCCUUGGUAGCGCCUGGCCCUGAGCCCCAGAGGACUGGAUAUAGAUGCCUGCAGCGUGAGAAGACUUCCUAGAGAGGAAAGAGAAGAAGCAGAGAUCCCUUGGGUUGGACUGGCCCUUCCAGGAGCUCCACAGGUCUCCUGACCGAGCCCAGCUUCCCAAGUAAUAAUAACCUUUGUACUGUGCACUCUA